GACAUCGAGUACACCAUCGGACUGGCCAAGGAGAUCCAGCAGCAGGUCAUCAACCGAAAACUGCACCCCAGCGUACGUACAUUCUACAACCGCACAGCCUUCCAGCACCCCACGUCACAAGAGGUGCGCAUCUCACUGGACACAGAACUAACCAUGAUCAAGGAACGCAAUAUGACCAACGGGGACUGGCGGAGGAAGGAAGUGGGUGUGGACUUCCCCUUCUCCUAUGUGGAUGCGGAUGACAUUGAGCGCUUCCCGUAUGCUGUGCUUGGUAUGUUGUACAAGUGUAUUUGA